GUUGAGGAUCCCGAUCCCAAACAUUCGUUUUGGCUUGAGAGUUCAAGAUUGCUCUCCUACUAUCACUUGCAAGAUGGAAUGGAUGUUGCUUACAUGUCCAAACUACGUCGAGUAGUAGUCAGCACACUAGAUGGUACGAGAAAGACUCUUCAGGUUGAUGAUAGUAAAACGAUUGCCGAUUUAAUGGUCGUGAUAUGUGGGAAAAUGGGUAUAACUAACCAUGAAGAAUAUUCUCUUAUUCACGAAAAAGGCAGACUACAGACUAUGCGUCGGCCGAAGAAUGCUCCAAGAGAUUAUGAUAAAUUGGAAACUUUAAAACACAAACUCCAAACGGAUGACGGUGCUAACUGGUUGUCCCAUGCCAAAACUUUCCGUCAAUUGGGCAUCGAAGAAACAGAUAAUCUCCUUCUUCAGCGCAAAUACUUCUUCUCUGAUCAAAAUGUUGGAGCUCGAGAUCCUGUUCAAUUAAAUCUCUUGUUUAUUCAACUCAAGGAGGCUAUUCUGAAUGGCGCGCAUCCAAUUAGUCUCAGCCAGGCUAUUGAACUGGCUGGUCUACAAUGUCAAGCAGAAAUGGGAAAUCUUAUUCCGGAAAAACAAUAUCAAAAAUUUAAUGGUCUGUCGGAAAAGGAUGCCAAAGUGCGGUAUAUCCAAGUGUGUCGUUCCUUACCAACCUAUGGAAUUACAUUUUUUUUAAUUAAGGAGAAAUUACCAGGAAAGAACAAGCUGGUGCCCCGAUUAUUUGGAGUUAGCAAAGAGAGUGUUAUGCGAGUCGAUGAGAACACCAAGGAGAUCCUUCAGACAUGGCCGCUGACACGUGUUCGCCGAUGGGCUGCCACGGCUAACCUCUUCACUCUGGAUUUUGGUGAAUACAGUCAAGAGGGCAACUAUGUGAUCCAGACCACAGAAGGUGAACAGAUUUCCCAGCUCAUAUCCGGUUACAUUGAUAUUAUUCUUCGGCGAAAGAAGAAACCGGAUGCUUUCUUGAAUGAAGGUGGCGAUUCAAAUGUCAUACUGGAAGAGAAUUUGACUUCGGGCUUCACAGAGGGUAGGAGGAACAAAAGAGUGAUUCAUAGAUGUAAUAGAAACAGACAGACACAAAGGCUCAGAAAGGGUAAGAUGAGUACUGUGAAAGGGGUCGAUUAUGACAUACAGUGGGGGUGA